AUGCUCGUAGCUUCCGAAUUCUUAGACUAUAGAGAUGAUUGGCACCACUCUGGUCUCCAAUCAGCUCUAUCGUCAGCUGACAAACACUGGCUGCAUUCUCAAGUUCCCACGAUGGCACGGGUCUGCCCGAGAAGGCCGUGGAAGGCAGCGGGGGAGGGCAUCAUAUUCUGAUUGCUGGCUGAAAAAAAUGAUACGAGGAUGAUGCCUGCAGCUGUAUAACCAUUCAAAGUCCAGUGAUGUACCAGUACGUCGCUGGUCCUUGUUGGGUGUAUAUGCCAAGUUCUUUUUUUUUUUUUUGUAUGCAGCCUGUGGACUGAAUGA